GCCUUGAGCAUGCGAUAGAUACACUGAGCUAGAUAAACACGAUAACUUACUUUGCGACCGUCAUUUAUUGGUCGCGCACGAACCUAUUUUGAUUCCAAAGCCACACUGCCAGAGCCAGAGUCACUCACAUCGUUUCCUUUCCUUGCGCACCGUGGGUUUCUUGGCCUCGUUAUUUGUUGCUUAGCCCGCUGGCACGAUGAACUCAUUAUUCAAUUCCGCACUGAAACAGUCGUCUGCCAUACGGCGCGACCUCGAUACAUUCGCUGAAUCUCCAGCUACAACGUCGGCAGCUCUACAAGGGCAGAUCGCAGCGUCACUGACAUCGCUCUCACGGACGGUGGACGACUACUCGUCAUUAUCCAAGAAGGAGCUCAUCCCCGAGAAGCAGGAGAAGGCCUUUGAACGGGUGAAGAAGUUUCGCGCAGAGCUUUCAGAGUACAGAGAGCAGUUUGAUCGGUUACGGAAGGAGAGAGAGGAAGCUCAAUCGGUAACCAACCGCAAUGAACUCCUUGGUCGACGUCCUUUUGCUGCCACGCCGGAGAACCCCUACGCGCAGUCAUCAGUUCCUCAGUCGUCUGCUUUCGGAAAGCCCAGUUCUUCGUCCGGUACGGGGCUGAGCUUCGGCACUGCUCCGUCCGAAUAUCACCGUGAAGCGCACGCCUUGCGCGAACAGUCCUUCUUUGCCAGCACCAAUACGCAACUGGACGAAUUCCUCGACCGGGGUCGAGCCGUGCUAGCGGAUCUGGGCCAGCAGCGAGAGAUGCUGAAGGGCACUCAACGCCGGCUGUAUAGUGUCGCGAACACGUUAGGCAUCAGCGGAGAUACGAUCCGCAUGGUGGAGCGUCGGGCCAAGCAGGACAAGUGGAUGUUCUGGGGUGGUGUUGUUGUUUUCUUCCUGUUCUGCUGGGCGGUGCUACAUUUCUUGCGGUGAAGAUUAUUGCUUGUAGAUUUCCUGGACGCUUGGGGCUUUUCUUUCUUUCUUUCUUUCUUUCUUUCUUUCUUUCUUUCCUUCUUUUCGGCUGAUGAAAAAGCGUGGCGUUCUGGUUAGGGUCUUUGUGGUAUUG